UCAAAACGCAGCACUUGGUCCCGAACUAGUAAUGUCAUCAUCCUCAAACAGUAAUGUUGCACAGCUCCAGCAAAUGGGUCAAGUGGCUGGAACAGGACCAGAUGAGGUUUUUCAACAUGGAACUAUUGGGAAAUUCAUCAGAAUGGAAUUGGAAGGAGGCUUCUCAUCAUUCGUUCGAUGCAUUUACGAAGCGAAGCGAACGAAUAACAACACAGUAACACUGGUAUGUGAACGAGAUCAAGAGUGCUGUGAGCACGGAUGCUGUCCAAAGGAUCAGCAUUGGAUGGCUGGAGUCUACGUUCUUUUGGCGUUCGUUCUUCUGGUAUUUGUGGUUGGAACGUGUCUCAUGAUUUGUUGUUAUCAGAGAUCAAAGAAUCGUCAGCGAAAAGAGGAGUUAGAGGCCGCUGAAUUCAGAAAUGCGGGUGGAUAUGCUCCGUCUCAGGUGGGCGGUGGAGCCUAUUCUUCGUAUGGUGGGCCAACAUAUUAGCUCAAUUCUUCUUCUCAUGUGCCAAUCACUCACUAAAUUCUCAUAUUUAUGACUUAUCUGUAUAUAACCUAUAUACAUGCCUUCACUUAAACUAUUCUAAUGUAUGCGCCCAUUUUCACUUUCAUUCGCUUUUUCAUCUGUAGUCUUUUUCACCGUUUUCUGCUCAACUCACCCAAUACAUACCAAAAAAGGUUUUGAAUCUACUGAAUCUGAAUCAUCCAUUUGUUUUUUGAUUUCAAUUCGAAUGAAUCGUUUCUUUUUUA